AGUUUGCGCUAUAUGAUAAUGUACACGAUAUAUAACAUAACGUACAGCCGAUAACGCGAUAAUUGUAAACGGUUGAUACGUAAUAUUGUGGUUAUUUAACUAUAUAAGAACGGCAAGAGCGCACACGCUCUCUUUUUCUUAUCACCGUGUCAUUAGGGAGAAUUUAAAACUACGAUUUUAUAUAUUAUAUAUAUUUCAUAAUGAAUGCUCUGUGGACGAUUCUAUUUACGGCGUUUGCCUUUACAACCGUGAAAAUCGGAGGAGAGUUGAACGAUCGGCCAAUCGUCGGUAUUCUAACGCAGGAGAUAGAUUAUAACUUAAACAAAAAGUAUCCUAAUCAAUAUCACAGCUACAUCGCUGCGUCGUACGUGAAAUUCGUGGAGGGUGCCGGCGCUCGACCCGUCCCAAUUUGGAUUGGUGGGAAUGAUUCGUACUAUGAGGACAUCUUGAGCAAAGUCAAUGGAGUUCUCUGGCCAGGAGGUGCGACGUAUUUCUAUCAGAAGGAAGGCUACGCCGAUGCAGGCGCCGUGAUUUACAGAAUCGCGAAGAGCAUCAACGAGAGAGGAGUGUACUUCCCGAUACUUGGUAUCUGCCUUGGCUUCGAACUCUUGACGUAUGUCGCCGCGAAUCGCGUUGAGCACAGAACGUCGUGCUCCAGUAAAAACCAGCCUCUUCCUCUAGAAUUCACACACGACUUUAGAGAAAGCAAUUUGUUUAAGAACGCCCCAUCAGAUGUCUUAAGGAUCUUGGUUGGGGAAAACGUCACGGCGAAUUAUCAUCAAUUUUGCGUCACGAAGGAGGAUUUACGCCGAGUCAAUAUAUCGGAUGAAUUUCACGUGUUGUCACUGAACCGCGAUAAAAAAGGCUUGGAGUUCAUCUCCACGUUGGAGCAUAAGCAAUUCCCUUUCUACGGAUUGCAGUUCCAUCCGGAGAAGAACCUCUACGAAUGGGUGACCGGGAAGAAUAUCCCUCACGGGAUUAACGCCACUGUGGCAUCUCAAUAUUUCGCAAAUUUCUUCAUAAACGAGGUCCGUAAGAAUUCGCACGAAUUCAGGACGAAACGGGAGGAGGAGCGGAGUCUGAUCUACAAUUAUCCCGUUACUUACACAGCGCCGCAGAAUUCAUCCUUUCAGCAGUGUUACAUGUUCAAGAAAAGCGAUCGCAAUGGCCUGCUCAUAGAAAAUGACGUCAAUGUUGCCGCGCGGGAUGCAUAGGUCAAACUGCAGAGGAAGUUGCUCCUUGUCUGUCCUUCCUUCUCUCUUUACAUGUACGUCUCUCGUCGGAAGUAUAUAUUUUUCUCCCCCCGCCGCCGAGGAAAAGAAAAUGGAUCUGGUCGUUUUCCCCCGGUGAUUACCUCACUUGUGUAUGUUACAGAUUAUAUAUACAUAAUGUAUAUAAGCACGAGAGCAGUAUAUAUAUUAUACAUAUAUAUUUGUCCAUCCCAUAUUAAGUGUAUAAGAUCGCGAUGACUCGCGUGUCCUCUUUUCUCUCUUUAUCUACGCUUAUCUAUUAUCGCCCUCUCACCUCUCAUUCUAAUUUUUUUUUCCCCCGAGAAUAUAACAAAGGUCUACGCAUAAUGUAGGUAAAUUCCGCACGGUAUUUUUUUUUCAUGUAUAAGAUGACCCUGCAGUACACUCAAGUUUUUUUUUUCACUGUUUCGUUACUUUAAAUAGUACAUAUGAUAUCUAACUGUAUUUCUCAAUAUGCUUAUAGUAUAAUAUAUAUAUAUAUAUUCAUUAUAUAUAAUAUAUCUAGAUUUCUACCGACUUGCGAACAACUUUCGUCGCACGCACGGGUUCACGCGGGUGACGCACAAACGCGCGUUAAUAAAUUUGUCGUACUCUUUAUAUAAUGCCUAUUUGUGAUAGGUACUAUUAAUAUUAUACAUAAUUAUAUAUAUUUAACGCAAACGCGACGGCGCGAUGAUCGAUCG